GCUUUGAACCUUAAACAAAUAUAGCAUAUAAAACCAUACAUUUUGUUUUUGCAUAUGGAUUUUCAUCUGCAUUGAUGUUUGGCUCGUCCAACUGUAGUCGUUACCAUCAUCAUCAUCAUAACAGAUGAGUUGCGCUCUCGCAGUAAACCGCCUCGCGCCUGUCUCCUUGACACACCCUUUGCUUUAGUUGGCACAGUACGCGAGCGCGCGACAGCAUUGACAUUCCCACAUGCGCGUUCAGCUGCACGGUGGGAUCUUUCUUACUGUGGAUGAGUAAAAGGGAAAGACUAUUGCCGAGAAGGGACGAUGCACAAGCGCUGAACAGAGUGCAGAAAAACACGUUCGCGCGUCCCCAUGUAGAUGCUCGGAGGACCGCACAUAUCUCACACACUCUGCGCAUCCGCACCGUUGUGGAUAAAUGACAGAGAGUUGUCCAAAGCGGAGCAAAAGAUUCGAGGAAGGUGAGGACAGCAUGCUGCAUGUGAGAAACGCUUGCUGCUGAGUUGCGCGGAUGUUGGAAACAUGGAGAAACGGGCUCUCGUAACGGCGUUCAGCUUGUCCAUGAGCCUGCUCGCGCUCAUGCUGCUGGUCACUGCGAUCUUUACCGACCACUGGUACGAAACCGACACCAGGAGACACAAGGAGAACUGCGACCGGUACGGCUCCGAGUCCAACGACCAGAAGAACAGGGAGAUGCCCAUCUAUCACCUGCCUCUGGUGGACGGGGGCAGUUCCAAGCGCAACAUGGCUCUCUUGAAGCCCAUCCAUGUAGGAAGUCGCGAGGAGGAACUGCUGGAGAACUGGAGGGCCAUUUUGGGCAUGGGCAUUCUGGAGACGGAGUGCGGGCGCCCGCUCUUCUCCACCUUCUCUGGACUUUGGAGGAAAUGCUACUUCCAGGGCAUGGACAGGGAUAUUGACAAACUCGUUUUGAAGGGUAUUGCAGAACGAUGCACAUCUGUCAAGUACCAUUUCUCCCAACCCAUUAGACUCAGGAACAUCCCUCUCAACCUGACAAGGACCAUACAGCAGGACGAGUGGCACCUCUUACAUCUGCGGCGCAUCACGGCGGGUUUCUUGGGCAUGGCUGCUGCCGUAAUGCUGUGUGGAAGUAUUGUGGCCGCCGUGGGGUUUUUCUGGGAGGAGAGCCUCACCCAGCAUGUGUCUGGACUCCUGUUCCUUAUGGCAGGAAUCUUUUGCACGAUUUCACUGUGCACUUACGCAGCGAGCGUCUCCUACGACCUCUCCAGGAACCCUCCAUUUAUCUAUGGUUUGCCUAGUGAUGUGGACCACGGUUAUGGAUGGUCCAUCUUCUGUGCUUGGGUCAGUCUGGGCCUAACGGUGGCGUCCGGUUGUGUCUGCACAACUUACCCCUUCCUGAGCCGCACAAAUGCCCUUCGCUCCAAAACGGCAGGGGAGUCAUCUGUGUGAGCACCCCUUAGUGGCCUGGAGGACACGUUAAUCAGCACUCGGCGCUUUAGUAAAUGGAUUGAAGUGUACACUUUUCUUUGAGGACUGUUUCAGUGAGACAUGGGACUUCAUGCCUUGGAGCAAUGUUGAAUGUCUUGUAGAUUUCUGAUAUCUUUGUUGAGGUCUUCUGGAAAAUGUUGAUGUUAUCCAGAAUGAAAGACAAGGCAGAUGUUUCGCUGGGUGUUUAUACAUACAGAAACAUCACACACACACACACACACACACCACAAAUAUACAGUAUGUGUGAAUAUCAUGAACAAAGCCUUUGAUUUGAAAAGGUUAUGUGUAUGUUUGUGGGUUGUUGCAAUGCAAUCAUUCUGUGGAUCAGGUGCAUAUUCUACACGGAAAGGAUCUGUUAAUUUUUUAAUGCAGUAUAUUUUAAAUUGAAAUGUAAUGCUCCAAUUAUUGUCAGUAUUUGAAGUGAAGGUCCCCAGUUCAGCCUUAGGCGAAGCUGAAACCACCAUAGAUAUUAAAGGAAUAUUCUGGGUUAAGUUAAUUGAGUUAAGCACAAUCGACAGCAUUUGUGGCUUAAUGUUGAUUACAUCAUCCCUCCUUUUCUUUAAAACAAGCAAAAUCUGUGUGACAGUGAGACACUGAUGCCACGAUGAUGCCAUAAACCCUACAACUCUAAAAUGACCAUAAAAACGAUGAUUUAAACUUCUUUUUAACAGAAUAAUUAAAGUAAGUGCUUUUAUAUGGGUCCCAUUCACUUCCAUUGUAAAUACCUAACGUUUUUAGGAGGUACGAGUCGAAAUAAUUUUGGGUGUAAUCAAUGUUAGACCACAAAUGCUGUCGAUUGAGCUUAACUUGUAUUGAACAUUCCUUUAAAGGGAUAGUUUCCUAAAGAAAAAAAGAAAUGUACUUUUUGGGUGAACUGUCCCUUGAAGGAGAUCCCCUCCAGAUUUGAAUAUUUACAUCCUGGAUACUCACAUCAAGCGUAGCUUUAUCUAUCAUGUUCAAAUGGAUACGAGUAACCACUGGUUUAAGAGAUCACAAAUCUAAAGAAUUCAAUCAGGGAUGAACGGAGCGCUUUAUGUCAACCAUGUCAUCACAUCAGACAAAUGUAAAGAGGCAUGAAUGCAUAUACUGCACAUCACCUUUGGGUAACAGCUGGUGGCUAGAAUUCAAAAAGAUUGAAAAAUCAAAGAGGCACAAGAAGACUGAGAUCUAAAAUGUCUCUACGUCUCUGAAGAUCCAAAAACACGGGCCAUCGCUGGUAGUGCAAUCGUAAUGUGGGAGCAUGCUCAGAGUGAACGCCUUUGAAUCUACCAACCUCACUCGUCGUUACUGGAGAAUAUGGGUAAUCCUCUUCCUUUUACGAUCCCUUCUGAAGGAGCUGAGCUGAUAUUAAAAUGGUGAAUGAACUGUAUUAACUGCUGGAUGUCAUUUUCCAAACUGAGCCAAAACAGUAACAUACUGUAUCCCUGAAACUGUACUGUUUGCCUCAAAACCUCUCUUGUGUUCCUGAAAGUGUAUCAUAAAUACCACAUUAUAAUGAUGAAA